AAGUUUUCGUUAGGUUCGAUGUCAACUUGAGCUCAGAUUAAAGCAGUCCAGUUAUAUUUGUUUGUGAAUGUAUAUACGUAGCAUCCUAGACUAGACUAGACUAGGCAGUAUGGCAGGGAAGGCAGCUAAUCCGAAUACCGAUGUCAGAAGACGAUCCAGGGCUAGCACAACGAGCAGGGACAAGCAGAUGGGUGAAAAUGCAAGGAUAGAUGAGGAGAAUGAGGAGGACUUUUCCUUUGCCCACUUCGAGCGCCAGUGGCGACGCUAUUUGGUUAAUUUCGAGCGACGGCGCUUACAGUAUGUAGAUUUCUUUUAUGGGAACAAGCAGACAGGUCUUUACGGUGAGCAGGAGCAGGAUGUCGAGUUUCAGGAUGCCAUCGAUGCAGCUACGAGUGCCAUCUACGAUGCCCAACACAAUCAGGGCGAGGAGACAUUGCUUUGCGACUAUUGCAAGUGCAAUUGCAACUGCGCCAGCAAUCCCUGGCAUCGCCCCCAUGCCCAUGCCCGUGGCCGCACUAAGAACAGCUGCAGCGAUCUAGGCCAUUCUCACUGACCACUCAACAAGCCAGCAUACAAGCAAACAAACAAACAAGCAUUCGAACAAAGAAACAUACUAGCUAACUGACUGACUGACUGACUGACUAACUGACUGACUUAACUAGCUGAGAGAGAAAUUUUCAAAAAUUGUCAAAGUUGUCGAACUGCAAGCCUUAAUAUUUGACGUGGGAGCCCGCGUCAGGUAGAGCCAAAAUAAUAAAUUUGAGCAACUUUCAAAGAGCCCAACACAGUUCAAACAUGGCCAAAACUUGCCCCAACUGCUGGCACAGCUCCCACCUAACGGCAAUGCCCCUAGCAAUUGCGUCUUUGAGCUGGCCACCAUAUUGUGAGGGCACGGCCAUAUGAUCCAUCCACACUACGUUCGCUUCUGCAAAAGUAUUAUCGAAAUAAUUGUAAAUUAAAUAAAAAUAUGUUACGGAUAUCCAAGGAAUUCAAUAAACAAAUCGAUAAGUGAAAAUCAAA